AUGCAUCUCUCCGAUCCGGUCUUGGCCCACGAAACGGAUUUUCACCUCUUGACCUAUUGCCACCCGGAUGGCGUGCCAGAGUCGGAAUCGUGUUUGCUUGCACGGACCUCCCUCGGUGUUGGCUCGACCUCGAUUUGGCUCGGUAAACUCAUGGGUCACUUGGUCAGUCUGUCCAUCAAACGGUGUCGCCCGACAGUCCACACCAAUGGUGCCCUGAACGGUCGUCACAGUCUUCAUUCGGCUCCAGCUUGCAGCGAUUCGGAAGACACGAGCACGUCGGAAGAUGAGCUGUUCCGAAAACGCUCUAACUCAGCUGUUUUACUAACUCCAAGAUCUGCUCAACAAACCUCCGAGCUCCUCGCUGAUGAAGAAGUGGCACUUACAAUGACCGCAGCAUCCGCGUCUCAUUUGGCCAAAGCCGCUGCGGUGGUGCGACAUACGAAUGGGAGCAUCGCUGCGGACGAGUACCAAAACGGAUUGCGAUUGUGUACCGCCACGCCGACAUCAGAUGCGUAUCUUGAUGACGGUAAAACUGCGUCCAGUCAAUUGCUUGAGAGUCGUGCGGGUGCUGGAGCCGGGGUUCUGUCUGUCGAAGGAGUUGACUAUCUUCUAUUGGUCGGUGGAUACACACGCAAAGGGUGUCUGGACAAAGUCGAGUUGUUUCGACGGCCUGCCUCCUCCCCACUCGGUCCACCUAUUGUCGGUCCUCGUCUGAGCAAGUUGCGUGGACGUGUCGGUCUGGCUUCAACACACUGCGGCACAUUGUACGCUUGUGGAGGUUCAACUGGUUCGGUCGAUUUGGCUUCAGUUGAAAGACUAACUGCACGUGCAUUGCAUUCCUGGUUAUCUGCUCACGUAUCACUGGAAGAUUUGGACGAUCCUUUUGCCGUACGGUCGCCUCAUCACUCUGGCAGUUCAAGUGGUGGUGCAAGUGGAAGUAACGGAUCAUUCAGUGUGUGGCAAUCCGUAGCCCGAUUGAAUCAGCCCCGAGGCAGUCCGACCGCAGUCGGUUUGAAUGGGUUACAAACAGGCGCACUGGUGUCCGAUUCCCGUGAAUCCUUACUGGUAGCCGGUGGAUUAGCCGAUGCGGAAGCCUUAUUUACAACUGAGGCAUACAUCCCUGAACGAGAUCAAUGGGUUUCAAUGCCUAACAUGUGUGAAGCUCGUUCUGAGGCUAGCGCGUGUGUUUGUCCCAGUCGCAACUUAAUAGUGGUUGCCGGAGGUAAUGCAAAUGCUUCUCGUAUGGAUCGAUCUGAAGCACUUGUGGAAGCACUGGAUCCGCGAUGUUCUGAAUGGAUGUAUUUGCCUUCACCUAGCCCUGUUGCCGGAAGUCAACUGCGCGGUGCAGCGUUAGUUCCCAGCCCGUCGAGCACAGAUCUGAUUAUGGAAACAGCCCUAUCCUCGUGCGAGAAUAGCGGUAUCAAUUUACUUCCAGGAGAUAAUCUUCUGCUUAUCGGUGGCUUCAAUGGACGGGAAACGUUGAAUUCCGUAUGGACCUUCGAUGUUGCGGCAUGGAAUUGGAUACCCGCUCCACCCUUGCAANGCGCUCGAGCCAGUCACUGCGCGGUGACCUGGCCCGAUCAGUCAGCCACAAUUGUUCUGGGUGGAUUCAAUCCCAGUGCUUGCAAAACCGGUUUUCUUAACUCCGUCGAAUUGAUCUCUUCCCCCAGUACAUAA